AUGGAAAGCAUGGCAUUUCAGCUGCUGGGCUUUUUUUUGAGUCUUCUUGGCUUAGCUGGAACCAUCACUGCAACCAUCUUGCCUCACUGGUGGGACAGCGCUCAUGUGGGAACCAAUAUCAUCACAGCCGUCGCAUACAUAAAGGGUCUCUGGAUGGAAUGUGUUUGGCAGAGUACUGGGAUCUCCCAGUGUCAGUUCCAUCAUUCACCGCUUGCUUUGCCUCGCAACCUUCAAGCAGCCCGGGCCAUGAUGGUGAUAUCGUGCAUUCUUUCAGCUCUAGCCUGUGUGACUGCUGUUAUUGGCAUGAAGUGUACCCAAUGUGCUAAAGGGUCCUCCUCCACCAAAAACAUCUUUGCUGUCCUAGGUGGCAUCCUUUUCAUACUGGCUGGAAUUGUGUGUCUCAUCCCUGUUUCUUGGACGACAAAUGUUGUGGUGACUAAUUUCUACAACCCAAUGUUGCCCGAUGGGAUUAAAUAUGAGAUUGGGCAUGCCCUUUACCUUGGCUUUGUGUGUGCUUCACUGAGUAUAAUUGGUGGAAUAAUCUUGUGUGCUUCGUGUCAGCAGGGGGAGAAUGACAUAAAUUCCCAACAACAAUCAAGAAGUGCAAGAUUAGCUCCAUCCUCCAGACCACCAAUGGCUUACAAGUCAAAUCACAGUCCUUCACAAGCAUCUGCUUCUUACAAUGGUUACAGGUUAAAUGAUUAUGUAUAA